AUGCCGCUUCUCGGGGUCUUACUCAGGGUCUUGCCCUAUGUGAUGAUAUGUCUUCGCAUUGGUGCUCCUGCAGCGAUAGGAGCGCUAGCGGUUGUGGGUGCCUACGAAGGGUACCUCCCUGUCCCUGGGUACGAAGUCAAACUUCCCGAGGCCGUCGUUUUUGAUAAAGCUUUCGGCGAGGCUUCGUUCAAUACGCAUGUAAUUCCUGACCACGACGUCGUAGAUCUCAAUAUCUCCAUCAACGUUCCGAGCCACGAAUCUAGUGAGCUUAGAAACAGCAUUGAAGAAACAAAGGGACUUGUCUUUUACGAUGGACAAAAUAACGUCCUUGGCUUCAACGAAUCGAAUGCAGCCAUUGCAUGGUCAUUCGUGUCAGACACGCAGGCCAACGAUCCUCGAGCAGAGCAGUCUGGAUUGAGCCUUCGGGAAUACUUCUCCAUGGUCGUGCAAAGGAUCGCAUCUAGUGCUAUUCAGCACCUCGCUGCAUUGUUCUCACGCCAGUCGAUGAGGCAAUUCCAGACUUGGCUUCUGAUCAGCACUUUCGCAGCUUUCCAAGCCUUCGAUUCCUUUGAUGUGCAUGCUUUAUAUGUCGAAGAAUGGCAAGAGCGGCGACGCCGGCCCAGCGUGCUGUCAACCUACCGCACGCAGAAUCUCUUGAUAGCGCAAGAUCAACUUCUUGACACUAGUACGAUGGUGGACGACCAUGCAAGAAGGACCUUGUCGGAAAAUAGUCGGUACAAAUUGCGCAUUGCAUGGCACAAGAUGUUGGGGACUGCAAAUAGCCGAUUCCGUGAUUACGAAGCAGUGAGUGCUGCAUUACGAUUAAUGCGGGAAAGGGCCAUCAGGGAAGCUGAACGGAAAGUCGCCGCCUUGGAAAAAAGGCUCGCUUUGCAGCAAAGUCUUCUCAGGACCGUGAACUAUGCGAAAGAUUCGAGCACUCGGCUUCUGGAUGCGCGGGAAGUACUGGAAAGAGCACAUUCUGCAAGUCCGCCUCCAGGAGAUUUACAGGAUUUACACGCCGGUGGUGCCGCGGUACAGCACGAAGAAGAGGAGGAAAAAGUUAUGGACAAAAAAGAUGGAGAGAUUCUUCAUGAGGAAAAGGAAAAGGACAGUAGUGAAAAAUUGGAUCAGCAAACAAUUGACAACCCAAUUUCGUCACAACGAGGCCCAAAUGACCUACACGCCCGUGAUGUUGCGGUCCAGCGUGAGGGAGGAGAAGGAGGAGAAGGAGGAGAAGGGGGAGGGGGAGAAGGAGAAGGAGGAGAAGAAGGAGAAGGAGGAGAAGGAGGAGAAGGAGGAGAAAGUAAAGCUUGGGAUAAUGAAGAUGUGACAGUUCUUCAUGAAAGAGAGGGAGAAGCUGGUGGCGCACAAGAACUGCAAAAAUUACACACUGCAAGUCCAGCCCAAGGAGGUCAACAUGACCCACAGAUUGAUGAAGCCGUAGUACGGCAUGGGAGAGAAGAUAACAAUGCUGGAGUCAACGAACAUAUGACGCAUCCUCAAGAGGAAGAGGAAAAGGCUAAUGAUGGAGCCAUUAUGACACCUUCUCAACAUCCGGGGAGGGACAAUGACGGCGACCGUAGGGGAAAGGAGCAUGGGGAGCUUUCUCAGCGAAUACUCCUGCCGAAGACCACGAACGAAAUGUCCAACUCAGAGCCGAGAUGGAGAACGCAAGAUCAGAGCGAGAACGAACUCAUCAACCCGCCCCUGGCCUCCGUGACGAUGCUUUCGAUGAGACCUGGAAACAGAGGACAGAUGAAGAUGGCUAUGGUGCCAGGAGAAACCGAGGGUUGUGGGAAAACAAUCCCAAUCGAGGGAACCCAUUCGCUCGCCGAGAACCACGCAAUACUAAUACUACUUAUGGGCGCAAUAUGGCUGGAAAUCGUGACCGGCGCUUACCAGAGACCCCGGCUCAACCCCAGAAUAGACAAGCCACAGGUCAGACUCAUGGCCGCGCACCAGCUCGAGAUGCGCGCCAACCCUUCAGAGGACCACGGGGACGACAUCAGUAACGCCGUCGAGACCCAUGGUCACGACAUAUCGGGAAAUAGACUGCGAUGCUCGGCAUUGUCGGCCUCGAUUCGUACAUUGUAA